GUCGUCGUAUGUUCAUGGUGGAAAGAACAACAGAAAUGUUGUAUGCUUUGCCGAGCCUGACAUAUUUGCAUACCCGCUGUAACCAGCCACCUGGAAAAAACUCCCCUGUCGAGUAUGAAAAACCUGUUGUCGAGACGCGGACUGAGGAAAGGGAUAUUCAGACUGCAGAUGUACUCACAACGUAAAGGACGAUACAUGACACGAGGGUGUGAUCACGUGAACAUGAUGAUAUUUCCAGGCGGACACCGGGCUGGAUUCUUGUUCAAGCUUCAGUCACAAUGAAUUGCAGUUACAGGGGAUGUUUCUUUAUAUGCCUGGGGACAACUUUGGCUUGUGUAGCUUUAUAUUUGAAAAUGGAUCAAUCACUGGAUGUGUCUGUAGUGGAAGGUUUCAUGUCAACAACACCUGACGUCUCUCAAAAGCAUUCUCUCGUGCUUCAUAGACAGAGUGUGAACAAUACGUCAGCAGGUUCACCAAACGGAACGUUAAAACGUACUGAAGCUAACGUGAAGCAAGUAUCCCUCUUGGAAGUCUCUCAAAAGCAUCCCCUCGUGCUUCAUUGGCAGAGUGUGAAGAUUACGUCAGCAGGUUCACCAAACGGAACAUUAAAACGUAUUGUGUGGAUGAACGUCCCGCCUUGGUUCACGACUGCAAAAUCCUUCGACCACUGUAACGUUCGUUCGUGUGAAAUAAGUACCAGCGAGGCACUCAUUUCAUCAGCUGAUGCUGUUAUUGUCCAUGGUGUGCAUUUGCCUGCUUCAAAACACCCAAACAAUAACAUGGAUCAGGUAUGGAUUAUGUAUGGAUGGGAAUCUCCUCUUCACUAUUAUUCAAACACGAUUUUCCGUUCUGAUUGGAAUGGACGUUUUAACUGGACAUUGACGUACCGUUUGGAUUCGGAUAUACCCUUUCCUUACAAUAGGAUCUUGUAUACAGGAGGCACUGUGAAUAUAAGUGAUGUUCUAAGACGAAAAAGCCGAUCAAUAGCUUGGUUUGUUAGUAACUGUGGUACACCGUCAAAGAGGGAAGUGUAUGUUCAAGAACUGCGAAAACAUAUUGAUGUUGACAUUUAUGGCGCCUGCAGAUCUAACAAGAGCUAUGACUGCCCGAAAGAACUGUCCCUCGGGUGUAUUAGUCUCUUAAACACCACGUAUAGGUUUUAUCUUUCGUUUGAAAACUCCCUAUGUAAAGACUAUAUCACAGAAAAGUUCUACAACACGUUCAUGACUUCAGCUAUUCCCAUCGUUCGUGGAGGCGCUGACUAUGCACGUCUUCUGCCAGAAGGAACCUUCAUCAACACGGCAUCAUUUGACAGUCCCAAGAGUUUGGCGAACUAUAUCAAAUAUUUGGAGAGAAAUGAGACAGCUAUGGGGGAUAUUCUUGCAAAGAAGCACAAAUAUGAAUACAUUCAUUCAGAAAGUACGGAGUUUGAUUGGAGGUGUCAGUUGUGUGCCAAGUUACAUGGUAAUAUUACAAGAAAGCAUUACACAGAUAUGAAACAGUGGCUUAAGACCGGAAAAUGCAUAGAACGGCCCAAAGAUCUGCCGUAACGUUAUGUAAUGUAAGAAGCUUGUCACAAUCACUUGAUUACAUGCCGUAAAGUGUUUUCAGUCAGUUCUAGGAAUACACUCUGUUCCUAUGACAAGAGUGAUGACUAAGAGUGAUCGUCAGCAGUCACUGUACUACUCUGUUUUCCCUACUGCCUAGCCCUCCCAGAAGUGCUAAGGUUCUGAAUGAGGCAAGUCUACACUUCCUCAGGUUCAGGAAUCUCCCAUCUCACCGAUUUUCUUUUUCAAUUUAGAAAUAAUUAUUUGGGUCUGUCAAAAACUAAGUGUCAGUCAACAUGACCUUACAGAUUGUUUGCUAUGCGACCCUCACGGCUUGGCUAUCUGUCCUUCACAUAUAUCUGCAUUGCAGGUGUUUGAAAUAAAGAGAUAUAACUGUUA